AUGUUUUCGCGCAGACUAAAACCAGUCACAGACGAACAGCGGCAAAGGUACUUCAAGAAACAAGAACCUCGACGGCGGUCCUCACGACGUCGCGAUAUAUCCAACCCACCAAAACAGAAAUCCAGACUCCUAUCUUUUAGGGAAAGACCUAAGCCACGGACGUGCUUGCUCCUUGCGCAUCUCCCUGCUGAACUUCGAAUCCUGAUAUUUGGCUACGUCCUGGGCUGUUCAAGCGACAUCAUCCACAUCCUCUGGAUGCCCAAGCGCCUCGCACACAAACGAUGCCCGAUUGCGGCGCCUGGAGAAUCCACCAACUUCGACCGGUCAUGUUUCAUAGGAACAUACCCCUCGUUUCCGUACUACGGGCUCUACGACAACUUCACGGAGGCGUGGCAGGGGGCUUCCAGAGCAGAGUUAGCACUUCUGCAGACCUGUCGACAGGUCUACACCGAAGCCGUUGAUAUGCUCUACUCCAAACCUACGUUCGACUUCGACUCCGCUACUUCCUUCAUGUACUUCGAGCGCGCUGUUCUCCCCCAGCGCCUCCACGCCAUAACGAGUCUCCAAAUAAGCUGGUCAUUCGAGCCACCGACCGUCAGCUUUUACGAUAUUAAGAAAGAAGAGUAUUUACCCAGUCAUUGGUGUCCAAUGUGCAAGACUAUCAUGAGUAUGAAGAGGCUUCUGCGAUUGAGAUUAGUGCUCCACUUCAUCAAGUGGUCUCAACAGGACCUUCUACUCGAGCCUCUAGGGAAGUUGAGAGGCCUAAAAGAGUGUUACAUUCAAGCUAGGAGUGGGAAUUUUGCAUCUUUUCCCAGACAAGGUCGUCGAGUUAUCGCCCUUGGGUAA